AUGGAUUUAAAAGGAAAUAACAACUUUAGUGAAAAGAAUACCAAGUUAAAUCAGGAUUAACACUAUAUUUUGUAACAAGAGAGGCCCAAUUUGCAUGUCUUAAAAAUUCCAUUAUCUCUAUUUAAUUUAUCAAUUUCCAUUAAACUCCCGACUCUUGUGGAAAACUUUAACCGCCUCAAAAGCCAAACUUCAACAAGUGUAAAAGCUUUUCUUCCCCGAUGGAGAUCUAUAAAACCCUGGGCCAACCAACCGAACGGAUUCAGUCGUUUUGAGUGAACGUCAGGUGCGGGAUCUGGACUCUGGACUGGACUGGAUAACCAGGAAACUGUGGAUAACUAACCAACUUCAAACCGCAUCUCUUGAGAUUAUAUAACCCACUGGAUGGGGAAAAGUGAAAGCAGAAGGAAAGAAAGAUAAAAGAAACAUGUUUUAUGCGGUCAUCUGGAUUUUCUGCGCCACUCUUUUUGCCAUUUUAUUUGGAGGAGUGCGAAAGCCCAAGAGAUUUCCGCCAGGACCUCGUUGGUAUCCCAUAGUGGGUAGUGCCUUGCAUGUCUCCCAACUGAGAUGUCGCCUGGGUAUGUUCUGCAAGGUGAUUGAUGUCUUUGCCAAGCAAUAUGUGAAUCCUUAUGGCUUCUUUGGCCUGAAGAUUGGCAAGGACAAGGUGGUGAUAGCCUAUACUAAUGAUGCCAUUAGUGAAAUGAUGACCAAUGAGGAUAUAGAUGGCAGACCCGAUGGAAUCUUUUAUCGUUUGAGAACCUUCAAUUCCCGAUUGGGUGUCCUUCUAACCGAUGGCGAGAUGUGGGUGGAGCAGCGGCGAUUUAUCCUGCGGCAUUUGAAGAAUUUUGGGUUUGCCAGAAGCGGCAUGAUGGAUAUUGUACACAAUGAAGCCACUUGCCUGCUGCAGGACCUCAAGGAUAAAGUGGCUAAAGCUGGCGGAAAGCAGGCCCGUAUUGAGAUGCACGAUUUGACGAGUGUUUAUGUCCUUAAUACUCUCUGGUGCAUGCUGAGUGGCAGGAGAUAUGAGCCCGGUUCUCCAGAGAUCACGGAACUCCUGGAGACAUUCUUUGAACUCUUCAAGAACAUCGACAUGGUGGGUGCUUUAUUCAGUCACUUUCCAUUGCUGCGAUUCAUUGCCCCGGAUUACUCGGGCUACAAUGGUUUUGUGGAGAGCCAUCGAUCCUUGUACUCCUUUAUGAGCAAGGAGAUUGAGCUGCAUCGCUUGACCUACAAGAACUAUGAUGAACCCAGGGAUCUAAUGGACUCCUAUCUGCGUGCCCAGGAGGAGGCGGGUAGCGAUGAUCCCAAGGGUAUGUUUAGUGAUGAGAGUUUGUUGGCCAUUUGCUUGGAUAUGUUUCUGGCAGGUUCGGAGACCACCAACAAAAGCUUAGGAUUCUGUUUUAUGCAUUUGGUCCUGCAACCUGAGAUCCAGGAGCGAGCUUACCAGGAAAUCAAGGAAGUUGUAGGGCUGGAAAGGAUACCCGAGUGGUCCAGGGAUCGCACAAAGUUGCCCUACUGCGAGGCCAUCACCUUGGAGGCAGUCAGGAUGUUUAUGCUCCACACGUUCGGCAUUCCACAUCGAGCUGUGUGCGAUACCCGCUUGUCGGGCUAUGAAAUUCCCAAGGAUACCAUGGUGAUUGCCUGUUUCCGGGGCAUGCUGAUCAAUCCCGUGGACUUUCCAGAACCAGAGGCAUUUAAUCCCGAGAGAUUCCUCUUCGAUGGACACUUGAAACUGCCAGAGGCUUUCAAUCCCUUUGGCUUUGGACGCCAUCGUUGCAUGGGUGACCUGCUGGGCAGGCAGAAUCUGUUUAUGUUCACAACCACCGUGCUGCAGAACUUCAAGCUGGUGGCCAUUCCUGGCCAGAUGCCGGAGGAGAUACCACUGGAGGGAGCCACAGCAGCUGUAAAGCCAUACGACAUCAUGUUGGUAGCUAGGGGAGAGCAGGAAAUUUAG